AUGGACACUCACUUCUCCCAGUCACGCCUCAUAUGGAACCCCAUCCAACCAUCUCUCUCGAGGGUGGAGGCCCUGCGUCGCAUGAUCAACAGGAAUCGCAACCUCAACCUCAAGGACUAUCACGACUUGCACGAGUACUCCGUCUCAGACUACGCGUUCUGGGAAGAUCUCUGGCAGUUUCUGGCCAUCAUCUACUCCGCCCCUCCUACAAAGAUCAUGAUCACGGGUCAUAUCAAGGAGGUUCCCGUAUGGUUUCCUGGUGCCAGGUUGAAUUAUUCCGAGAAUCUCUUGUGGAGGAAUGACGAUGCCAUCGCCCUGACGGCGACGGGUGAGCUCGGCAAGGUCACAUCCUGCAGCUUUCGACAGCUUCGCUCUCUGGUCCAAGGGAUGGCGGGCGCCAUGAAGGCGAAAGGCUUGCAAGUGGGCGACCGAGUCGCAGCGAUUGUCGCAAACAAUGUGACCGCGGUUGUCAUUGCUCUAGCCACGGCCAGCAUCGGAGGGAUAUUCUCUUCGACCGCAACAGACAUGGGAACUCAGGGGAUAUUAGAUCGCUAUCGCCAAAUAAACCCGAAGUUGCUUUUCUCAGAAACAGAGGUGGUCUAUGCGGGAAAGACAAUCGAUCUUCUACCCAAGAUCUCUGCCGUAGCCAAAGAUCUAACCACUCACGGCCUUGAGCAUGCCAUCCUUCUGCCUAGUGUCAAGACGGGUAACGAAACGCAUGGUGCUGCUCUGAGCGACAUUCCGAAGGGCAUCUCGCUUUCUGCGUUUUUGGCGGCGCGCGAUGGCGACCUCCUGACCUUUGAACAGCUUCCGUUUAAUCAUCCGUUGUAUAUCCUUUACUCUUCUGGCACUAGCGGCCCUCCCAAAUGCAUCGUUCAUUCCGCCGGCGGUGUGCUCGUCCAAAGCAAGAAGGACAUGACGAUCCAUUUCAGUCUAGAUCUCGACGACACGUAUUUUCAAUACACGACGACGGCUUGGAUGAUGUGGCCAUACAUGCUCUCUGCCCUCUCGUGCGGCGCGCGCCUUAUUCUGUACGACGGUUCUCCUUUUUACCCUGACGUCAAGGCGUACCUCAAAAUAACACUGCUGGGCACCAGUCCGCGCUUCCUCGCCGAGGUCCAAGGCCAGGGUAUCCACCCUCUCGACCUGGGUCGAUUCGAGGCCCUUCGCACAAUUGCGUCCACCGGUGCAGUUCUUACGUCUCCAAUGUUUGAAUGGGUGCAGUCCUCUUUCGGACCCAAGAAGCAUAUCGUGUCUUCCUCAGGGGGCACCGACAUAUGCGCUGCGUUCGUCACCAGCGUGCCGACGCUGCCGGUAUAUGCGGGCGAAAUACAGGCCAAGGCUCUGGGCAUGAAAGUCGAGGUGUUCGGCCCGCUUGGCGACAACAUCGAGCAUACCGGACAACCGGGCGAGCUGGUCUGCACUCGCCCGCACCCCUCCAUACCCGUGCGAUUCUGGGGCGACGACGAUAAGGGAACCAAGUUCCUGAAGGCUUACUACGACGUGUAUCCCGGGGUCUGGCGCCAGGGCGACUUCAUCGCGGUAAACCCGCGCACGCGCGGUCUCGUCAUCUACGGUCGCAGCGACGGCGUGCUGAAUCCCUCGGGCGUGCGCUUCGGCUCGGGCGAGAUCUACACCGUGCUCGAGCGGUUUUCGGCGCUGAUCGACGACUCGAUAUGCGUGGGACAGCGCCGCCCCACGGACACGGACGAGCGCGUGCUCCUGUUCAUCAAGAUGCGGGCGGGGCACAGGCUCACCGGUGACGUCGAGCAGGCGAUCCGCGAGGCGAUCCGGAAGGCACUGAGCGCGCGGCACGUCCCGAAAUACAUCUUCGAGGUCGAGGAAAUCCCGUAUACCGUGAACAACAAGAAGAUCGAGAUCGCCGUGAAGCAGAUCAUCUCGGGUGCGGACAUCCAGCCGAGCGGGACGGUCGCCAAUCCGGGCUCGCUGAAGCUGUACUACAAGUACCGCGACCUCGAGGGCCUGGUCGGCGCGCGAGCAAAGCUGUAGGACUCGAGGACUCGAGGUCGGGGGCGAGUUGGGCGGUGCCUGCCUGUACAUACACGUACGCUGCGAAGGCGGACUGCCGCGCGACUCGGUUCUCACACGCCCUCUGAUCGUGA